AAGCUGUGUCAUUUUCUACAUGCUCGCAGUUAUUUUGGAAGAGAGAAAAAAGACCCUUACAUCUACAUUGUCUGCAGGCACAUUUUUUUUUUUUUUCCAUUUUGUCUGUCGGCUGUGUCUUUUUUCCGCCUUUUCCUGAUUGUCUUUUUGCCAAACUGGGAAAAGCUCAGAGGAAUUCCUUGGCACGAUGCUGGGCAUGGAUGUGUGUGAGUUUGGGGGCCAGUUUCUGGAGCUGCUGUGGCUCACCGUUUGCUACAGAGGCAUCAUGGCUGACAAAGAGACCGACGUGCCCAUUGGUGACGAGGCGGACGAGACUGACCUGAACUACCAGCCCCCGGCCCAGAAGUCCCUGCAGGAGAUCCAGGAGCUGGACAAGGACGACGAGAGCCUCAAGAAGUACAAGCAGGCUCUCCUGGGCUCAGGCCCGGUGGUUGCAGACCCCACCAUCCCUAACCUCCAGGUGACGAGGCUGACACUGAUGUGUGACCAGGCUCCUGGACCCAUCACCAUGGAUCUCACAGGUGACCUGGAGGCUUUGAAGAAGGCGAAUUUCACCAUGAAAGAAGGUGUUGACUACAGGGUGAAGAUUCACUUCAAGGUCAACAGAGAAAUCGUGUCUGGACUGAAGUACGUGCAUCUGACCUACAGGAAAGGACUUCGAGUGGACAAGGCUGUGUACAUGGUGGGCAGCUACGGGCCUCGGGCCGAGGAGCACGAGUUCCUGACCCCGGUGGAGGAGGCUCCGAAGGGGAUGCUGGUGAGGGGAGGCUACCACAUCAAGUCCCACUUCACAGACGACGACAAGACAGACCACCUCUCGUGGGAGUGGAACCUGCAGAUCAAGAAGGACUGGGACGACUAGAGUGCCGCGCCGUGCCGUAUACCGUACCGCACCGCGCACCGCACCACGCCUCUGCUCCAAUACCCACCUGCACAAUGACAGCAUAUAUGCGAGGUGUAUGUUUAGGGCAUUUAGGUUAGGUUAGGCUUGGCGGGGGAAGGGGGAGGGGUGGGGCUUCAAAAAACAGCUUGUUUAUUUACUGUAACCAAUGAAACUGAUGUAUGCGUAUACUUACUUGUAUAACAAGGAGAUGUCUGGGAGCACACAGGGACAACAAAGCAAAAGUAGUCGAAGAACUGGGGUAAGAACUCCAUAAUGUACUAAAAAUGUAUUUUUCAGAUGGAUUCCUCAUGCCUGUUUUCUCAGGUAAUUUUUUUUGUUGUUGUCUAUCAGACAUGCCCGUGUAAAUAUCGUAACCAUGACAACGUCUGUGCGUUUCAUCCACGUAUUCUGUGUUGUGUCACGUGACAGUUCCACGCGCAUGCUUGAGUGUGCCACACUUGUGCAGUGACUGUGCUCCCGUGUUUGACUUGUGAGCAGAAUUGUGAAAUCCUGAUCUGGAGAGAUUCGUUUUUUUUAACAAGUGUCGUGGUAGCAUUUAUCCAUGUUCGCAUCAGAGGACCACUAUUUCAUGGGCUGGUGUGUAGUGAAUAAUAUCGUACAUUUAUAGUAUUUCUGUUCCCAGGGUAUACAGUAGGUAAAUGUCAUGAACAGCAAUAAUGUAAGGGCCCUGUUCAUUGACUUACUCAAUAGUGAGCCCACAUGCAUAUUGGUGUUCAGAUGCUAUCCAGAAGAAGACCUUAUCUGGACAACAACCAUAGUUGAUUGAUGCAAUCAUAUUGAAUGAUGUCUUUCUCUGAUUAUGUAUGUGAGAGUUUCUGUUUCUUCAGCUUUCUUCCAUCUUACUUUCACCUGAUAUUUCUGCUUUGAGAGUUGUUGAAUGGCCUCAUCAGUGGUGACUGAAUUACUAAAUCCAUUUAUCUUUUUAAACAUCGAAAUGCAGUCAGAUGAUUUGUCACCCAUUCCGUAAUGUUUCAUCUUUGUAACAACUCCGUUGCUCCGUGACAUUUCUUAUUAAUACUUGUAGGAUAGACCAGCCCUUUGUAGAUAGAGCAUAUCAGCUUCAGAUUCAGCUUACAUUAAAUAGAACUAUAAUGCCAUGCCAUUGCAGACCCAUAAUCAUGAAUAAAAACAUUGCCUCCAAUGUAGAAUGUGCAUGUAUCGUGACAUAUGAAUCUUCUGUGAGAAGGAACUUUGACUUUUUAUCAGUGGCUAGCUUUAUGAAUAUGAAUGUAGCCAUGAAGAAGUGCUUACGAAAGCUAUCAGACAUUUUGCAACGUACCCUCAUACACUUUGGCUCUUUGGUUAAAUAAAAAAGAACUGUGGAUAAAUGAAAGCAAUCUGUUUGUCCCUUGUACAUUUCAAAUUAUUCAGCAAAUUCAUAUCAAGUGUUUAUUUUUUUGAAAAUGUAGGUGUUGAUAUAAUGAUGGUAUUCAAAAUGGUUGUAAGCCUGUAUUGGUAGUAAGCCUAUCAAGCUGUGAUGCAUGAUCCUUUACUGUUUUUUGUACCAGUCUAUUUUAUCUUUCAUUGUGAUACUCCAUAGGCACAAUUCAUAAAAAAAAAAAACUACUGUUAGCUUAGAAGACUGGUAUAUUCUUGUGAGUCAUUCCAAAUUACAGGCAAUCCGCUUACUGCAACUUUGCAAAGCAUUGUGAAAUCUUUUCAUGCAUCUUGUAUUUUCUAAUAAACGUAUGCGCAAUUUCUUUUCA